UCAGGACAGGGCCUACUGGACUGUGACGUACCAGGCGCAGAAAUGUGGUUUUGCUCUGGACGUAUUCCCUGAUGUGGGACACAGGAGGUCCUUUCUCUGCAUCUUCCUGUCGAGGACAAUGUCAAAGAUCACAGAUGGAGGGGUCUGGUAGUCCCCGUGCCAGGAAGCUCCAUUUCCCUGUCGGUUUGUGGAUCAACUCCCCUCGAAAACACUUUGCAAAGUUAGGACGUCGUUGGCCCAGUGCUGUCUCUGUCAGAUCUACCACCAGCUCUGACGCAGCCUCCCUCCACGAAGCCCCCUCUGCCCCCUCCUCCUCCCUCUCAAACUCCACCCCCUCCCUGGCUUCCCCCACCCCAUCGCCCUCUCCGUCGCCCGCCUUCCUCCGCCCUCGUCCCGCCGCUCCCCAGUCUCGGGCGAAGCGUCUUUCUCACCUCUUCCUGCGGGGGCGCUCUAACAGUGACCGGGACAAGGCAGUGGGUGAGAGAGAGAGGGAGGUCUGGGCGCACUCUGCUGCCCCCUCGUCACAUCACUACCUGCCCCCCGGGUCUUCUUCUGCCCCUGGGCUAAUAAAGAUCUAUGGUGAUGCGCUUUCCAGUGGGGCUAACUACCGCUCCCUGCUGGCCAGUGUUAACUCUACAGCUCGGCAGCUCAUCUGUCAGGUCAUUACACGCUACACGGAGAGAGAGAGGGAGGAGACAGAGGACACAGUUCUUCAGAAGUACAGCCCAGAGGACUUCCUGUUGUGUGAUGUCAUUGGAAAGCCCGUGCAGCAGCCAGAUGGAGCGUUCAAAUGGGAGACGGAGUGUCGCAGAUGUGUGGCCCCGUGGGAAUGUCCCCUGCUCCUAGUGGACAUGUGGAGACCCAAAGACGGAUUCGAACGGCGCUUUGAAAUACACAGAAGAGAUGACUACGAGAGAGAAGAGAGAGAGCGGGAAAGAGAGAGGGAGAGGGAAGGAGAGAGGGAAGGUGUUCGCUGGCGCCGUAGCAGAAUGGCGUCAGGAGGGGGUCCCGAGGAGGAGCGGGGCCAUCGAGGAAGAAACACAGAACUGAGAAGAAGCAUCAGUGACAUGAACCUGAGCCGGAGCCGUCGCCAAGGAAACCACGUGAGCAACGACCAGCGCGGGACAAACAACCGCACGAACAACAACAGUUCAGAGGGGCCGGACAGGAAGAAUAUAGUGAGCAUGAUCAGCCCACAGCCAGGAGAGAUCAGACCCAGACCUGAAGCCAAAGUUGGAUGGACUCAUCAGACUGCAGAAGAAGAGAAGGACUACUCCACCUGUGACCUGGAAGUGAUGUCCCAGAGUCUGAUCCUCCCUCCGACCGACCGACCGUACUUCUUGCUCCUACAAGGCUACGAUCAGAGCAAGGACUUUGUGUUGUACAUCAUGACAGGACACAUGCAUGUUUUUGGGAGGAAGCCAACGCUCAAGGAGAGAGAGAAGGACAGAGAGAGGGAGAAGAAGGGGAAGAGGCCUCUGAAGGUUGACACAUUUUUGUCGGCUCCAGAUCUUUUGGCUCGACAUUUGUUGAUCCGCAGAGACUCGGCUGUCCCCGAAGCGCCCUCUGGACAAGCUUUGAUGAGGCCCUUCAGAGGAGGAGCCGUCACGCACAACGGGGUGUGUGUGUACAGGGAGACCGUACUAAAGCCAGGAGAUGUCAUUGGUGUUGGGGAGCAUUUCCUCUUCUUAUACCGGGACCCUCGAGUGUCUCCGGCUCCCCCCCUAGCUCUGACUCUGCCCUGGCAGAGCGAUGCCACCUCCACCUGCUGCCCCUCAGGUCUGGUGGAUCGACAGGAGGCCCUAAGGCAGUACCUCGGGUCAAGUGAGGCCAUUUUGAAAUUCCACCCUCGUCAUGCGGACACCCUGUUACAAGAAAUCAUCUCCAAAAAUUCUUCUCCAGACUCGGGGGGUGGGCCUUUAGCUCCUGCAUAUUUGCUGUCAAUCAUGAUUGAUCAUGCUUCAAAACACUUGGACCCUGCCCUCACACCACAAAUACUACUAAAAGCAGCUAAUCUGAUUAAAGAAAUCGUGUGGGAUAACAUCAAGGAAUUUGGGGAUAAGCAUCCCACGCAAAAUUCCACAGAGCAGGAGACAGAGAUCAGCAUGCCCAGUGUGCAGGCCCUCUCCUCGGAUCUCCGGCCUCUAAUGUUCUGGAUGUCCAACGCCACUGAGCUCCUGAACUUCUUCCAGGUCAAAGUGGAAACCAUGGACAAGGAGUGGGAGUUUGAAGCCCCGGGCGACCCUGUUUUGACGGCUGACAUGGACACCUGCUCGGAGGCCCUGGCGCAGCUGGAUGAUGUCAUUAUGCACACCUUUCAGCAGUGUGUGUAUCAUCUCACUAAGACACUGUACUCUCUGCUCCCUGCUCUUUUGGACACAAACCCGUUCUCCAGUGAAGACAAGGACAAAGAGAAGGAUGGAGGAGCAGGAGCAGAGGGAGAGGAGAAGAGGGACGUGGACGAUGUUUCGGCCUUACCUCCCAGAGUGGCAGGUCUGGUGGAGGUUUACCGCUGCUCCCUCUUGCUCUCCAGAGAAGCCUGUCUGUCGCCUCCUCUCACCUCCCAAACAUUUGGCUACCUCUUCUUCUUCACCAACACCUCGCUACUCAACACGCUGUUGGAGAGAGAUGGUCUGUUCUCAUGGUCCAGAGCUGUUCAGAUCCGGACUAACCUGGAUCUGGUGUUGGACUGGCUCCAGGGAGCAGGAUUAGGAGAUAUUGCCUCUGAGUUCAUGAAGAAACUGUCUGUCAUAGUCAACUUCCUGUGCAUUCCCAAAACCAGACUCAUCCAGUCGUCCUGGAGCAGCCUGCAGGAGGACCACGCCUUGUUGAGCCCAGCCCAGCUCCAUCACCUCCUCACCCACUACAAACUGGGUCCAACGCGGGCACCUCCAUCCUCCUGGGCCCCACCUCCAGGCACCGAUCUCAGCGGAGACAUCUUUGAGAGCUUCCUGGACCACCCUCCUUUAAUCCUCCCAAAUGAGACUCCCAGACUGGACCUGUCCCAGCCGAUCCCGAGCCCUGAACUGCAGAAGGAGGUCACCAGGCUCCGCACCUUCUUGUGGGGACUUGACCAGGACGAGCUGCCUGCCAAUCAGAGAACCAGGCUGUGAGCGACGCCAAGAACUGACGCAAGACUAAAGGUUUUUGAAAGAAACUACUCCUGCAUGUGGUGGUUAGUUAAUAGGUUGCGUUCACUACACAUGACAGUGGUUAAAAGAACACAUUGUUUAAAAAUGAGGUGGAGGGCAGGUCAGAAAGCUAUCAGAUGUUUUGAUCUGGUUACGGUUAACAUCCUUGUGAUUAAUGGUUCUAUCAAGAUAACUAAAACGAGCACAAUUUUCAAAGGCUUCAGUACUUUUAAUAUAGUGGCAAAGGCACCAGAAAAUAUUUCAAUAUAUAAAAGUAUGUGAAGUUAUUAAAGGUUCAUUCACACAUUUGGUCUCGGUGUGAUGUAGACUUGAUUCAUGUUCUAGUCCUGGUUUAGUCUAGUCCAGAUUUAGUUACAGGUUUUUUUUGUUUGUGCAAGUUUGUGGAUUUUCCAGUGAGGACGUUUUCUUCAAAAAUAGCCAUCUACCACAUAGACUUAUAUUGCACCCUUGAUGAUUAUGACAGCAUCAAAUUCUUGGAUCGUGAACGCAACCUGUGGGGCAGUUAAGUGGUGACGCCAUAACUCUAUUUCCGGGUCCAGUGGAAUUCCAGCCUCGUCACUACAAAGGCAUUUUGGAAGAUUUGAAUCUGCUCCAAAGAAUAAGCUGUUGCACCAAUAACUACCGUAAACUCUCAGAUUUUUUGUUAGAUAAUAUUCAAACACAAACAAAGGUGCAAAACUGAUUGUCUCCAUGGAAGUGUUAUUGCUUUGUCUAGAACAGAGGUGUUUUAUUGCUUUCCUGGCAUGCAAAACACCCAUUCUUACUCACCGUCUCCGCAGAUCUCACCUGUAACCUGUUGACUUAGUGAUCACCUGCACGUCUACCGUGAGAAAGAACUGUUUAAUGCAUUAUGGUGAAACAUUCCAGACAAAUAAAUAACAUUUCCAUCGAGAAAAGCAGGUGGCAGUCCCUCUACAUGAAAGGUUACAUAUUGCACCUCCAUCCAUCCAUUUUCUUUUACUUAUCCGAGGCCGGGAAAUUGGGGACUCCCAGACUUCCUUCAGCCUGGACACUUCCUCCAGGUCCUCCAGGGGGACCCCAAGACAUUCCCAGGCCAGACAAGACAUCCCUCCAACAUUAAACAAUAUAUUUUAUUGGGCAAAUCAAUACUCCUACUGAUAUUUUUAGCUUUAAGCAACUGUUUCUACCCCUUGAUAUGUGUUUAAAAGUCCCAUUUGUGUUGUUUUACUGUGGGACUGUGGGACAUUUGGGCUGGUGAAGUCACACUUAGCAGUCAUUUGUUAUGGAGAUAAUAAAUAGUCUUUGAAUUUUGCAUAUCAUUUCAUUUAUAGUGAGACAUUACAAAUUUGAAGUAUAUUGCAUCUGGUAUUUCUCCCAGAUAUUACUUGAGUGAAACCAGUGUAUUUGUCUAUGUUGUGUAAUGCUUUACGGGCCUGUUUGACUUGGCUUCUGUGCUUGGGUUUAACAGCUUGUUUUUAAUAAAGUUUCAAUGUAAAAGAC